CUGAAAACAAAACUUUCUCAUAUUGAUAAAAAGCACCUUGAAAAUCUAUUUGCAAAACUCGAUGAAAGAAAGUUUUGGACUUUGGAUGCCACCAUAAGGGAUGCCGAAACCCGAGGCAUUGCCGCAAAAUCUGUCAAGGAGUGGGUUAUAGAGUUUGCGAUGAAAUGCAAUUUUUAUCACCUAAGCCAAUCUUUGAUUCUAGACCUGGGCAAUGCGCAUUGGACAGAGGUUUUUUCAGAGGAGGAGCUAGAAGAGUUGGAGGGGUUCGGGAGACCAGUUCUCCCACCCAUUGACAAGGCUGUAGAAGCCAAUUUGAAUAAUUUGAGAAAGGUGAAAACUGCCCAAGAGGCCUAUGAGUUCGCACGAAGAAUGGAGUACGAUGUUGAAGUUGACGGCAUGCUCGUAUGGCUGUCAUUGACACUGCAGAACACUGCUUCAUUGUUUUUUAAGGAAAACAACUACAACAUCCAACAGUACCUUGAAUCAGAAAAGCUCUAUUAUCUAUGGAGCUUUGUUAAUACAAUUCUUAAUGACUCAGAGUAUAUUGAUGCACUUGGCAAGGAAAAGUCAAGCGUUGCGAAUGCGGAGGCAAGCAAUAACAAGAGGAAGAUAUCAGCAGUUAAUGUGGUAAACAGCUUGAAGAUCGGACGAAGAAUGGACACCGUGUACGUGGGAGCCGGAGAUGUGGAGUUGGGGUGCCUCAAGAUUGGGAAAACGAGCGAUCAAACGAAGGAAUGGUCCAACGGAUUGAUCAAGAUGCCAAUCGUCAUGCGGGAUAUGCUGUUAAAGAUGGUCAACCGAUCUCCAGACCUCAUCAACAAGCUGCACACCAUGGGAUACAAUAUUAAUGGUACGUAUAGUAUGUUGGUGGGAUGUGCAGUACCAAAUUGGCUAUAA